UCACUUUUCCAGGAAAAUGUCACACGUCCUGAGUUAGUUGGCUAGCCAGGGGUUGUCGUUGUAUGUCAAACUAUAUGUAGAGAUAAGGAAGUGACUUUCCGGCUUUCAUCAGGGCACACUGUCUAGGCACGGACUUUCUGACGACUAACCUGGGGCUGCAUAGUUUGCAAUGUCAUGGCAGGAGCGAGAGUAACCUGCGUGGAUUAUCAUUUGAACUCAACGGCAGCGCUGUAUUCGUUUUAGACCAAAAUCAGACGGAAUAUUUCUAUUGACAGUUUGAGAGAUGAGAUGAGGCUCACUCAUGUCAAACUUGGAUGUCUUCUGGCUUCUGUUUUUCUCUCUCUAACCUGGUUCACCGCUUAUAAUGGAAAUGACAAGGGUGAACCCCCCUACGACCCUAAGAUGAUCCAGCUGUAUGAACGUCUGCUGGCUGCAGAGUCCAGGGGGGAGCUGGUGUACAGGGAGCUCAGCAGUCUGCUGACCAGCCUGAGGAACCUCACCAUACCGAACAACAACUCCUCCACUAAUGUCACAGAAGGACUGAUAAAGAGAAGACUCGGUCUGCUUUCCUCCAGACUGCCCAAUGCCUACCUCUACCUGCCCCACCUACGGGACCACGCAGACAGCCUGAAUCCUAACGUCGUCCUGGGACAGGGCCGGACUGGAGUGUCCCUGGUAUUGGGGAUCCCUACGGUGAAGCGUCAGAAGCAGAGCUACUUGGUUAGCACCCUGAACUCCCUCCUCUACGACCUUUCACCUUCUGAACGAGAAGACACCGUCAUCAUCGUCUUUGUUGCCGAGACGGAUGCAGGAUACGUCAACACCGUAGCAGAACUCAUAAAGCAUAAUUUUCCUAAGGAUGUGCACUCAGGCCUGUUGGAGGUAGUGUCCCCUUCUCAGUACUUCUACCCCAACUUCCGCAGACUCAGGGAAACCUUUGGAGACUCCAAGGAUAGAGUCAAAUGGCGCACCAAGCAGAACUUGGACUACAGCUUCCUGAUGCUCUACGCACAUGAGAAGGGAACCUACUAUGUACAGUUGGAAGAUGACAUUGUGGCUAAGCCUGGCUACUCUCAGGCCAUGAAAACAUACGUCAGAUCACUGGCCUCGGAUGACUGGAUGUUGCUGGAGUUCUCUCAGCUCGGCUUCAUCGGCAAGAUGUUCCGAGCCCGUGAUCUACCAAUGAUAGCAGAGUUCUUUCUGAUGUUCCACAAAGACAAGCCCAUUGAUUGGCUGUUGGACCACAUUCUGUGGGUGAAGGCUUGCAACCCAGAAAAAGAUGCGAAAGACUGCAACCUGCAGAAGGGCCUGCUCAAGCUGAGAUAUAAACCCUCUCUGUUUCAACAUGUAGGCCUUCACUCCUCUCUGCCUGGGAAAGUACAGAAACUGAAAGAUAAGGACUUUGGGAAGGCGCCACUGUUUGCUGCCCACAGUAACCCCCGUGCAGAGCUGAGCAGUAGUCUGAAGCACUACCAGCAGCACACCCUGGAGAGGGCCUACGAGGGCCAGGACUUCUUCUGGGGCCUGACCCCUACCGCUGAAGACUUCAUCCUGCUCAGCUUCCCGCAGCCACUCACUGUCACCGGGUACCUGUUUCGCAGCGGAAACAUUGAGAUCAACGGAGACAAGUUUUAUAACACCACCGUGGAGGUGCUCCCUAGUGAUAGCUCGGUGAGUGACAGACUGGUGGGUGGCCAGUCUCCUCAAUACGAAGGAUCUUACGGAGGCUUCAUAGUGAUUGGUUCCUUUGUGGAUGGGAUGGCUGAGGGACAGAUAGACGCACAGAUGCAGCCCAUCUCUGCUUUACGUCUGCUGGUACACAGCGACUCUGAUGUGUGGGUUCUGCUCAGUGAGAUAUUUAUUAAACUUUGAUAACGGGAAGAAACAGGACGGGAAGAAACAGGAGGAACCUGAGGGCCCGCGCUGCCGCCCUACCUGUUACACUCCACACCUGGACCAACAGCGACCUCUAUUGGACAUGGAUAGUCAAUUCAGGUUCUCUAACCGUCUCACCUGCUACUGAAUGGAAGUACACACACACUGUGGAUGUUCUCUUCGCCCUUCGGAUAGUUUUUCAACCCAUGACUAUAAUGUGAAUCUGGAAGAGACAGUUUCAGUUUGUGUGUUCCUAAAUGAGUUUGUCAAUCAAUUUGAGCAUUUCCACGUUUGUGGAAGACUUUAUACUGGACACCAGCUUUCAGCUGCGGUUUUAGUCUCCGUUCUCUAGAGGGAAAACAUGAUUUAACGUGUACAGGGCUAUGUUAGAGUAUAGCAACGACAAUUCAGCAAGAGAUGAUUUGAUUGAUACACUCCGCCAGUAAUGAAUGCAAUGUGUUUGUUUGUGUAUGUGCGUGUGUGUGGUGUGUGAGAAAAAUAUGUGGACUGAUGCAAUGGUUGUAUGGUUGUAUUAUUGAGUGCUAGUUACAUUGUUUGCGCAAGUUCAUGUCUCUGGCCAAAAUGCUGUCAAUCAGGUUCAUUCCACAAGUUAGUAUUUUGCCAUAGGUGCAUUUCCCUGGUACUGAACUGCAAGUCUACUAGUUUCAAUGGGGAUCAGUCACUCCACACGUAGGUACUAUGUGCUGUAUAUAAAGAAAGAACAUGAA